AUGAGUCCUCCCUCAGACACCUUCUCCCGCGAGGAGGUCCGCUCGCAUACCUCCGACGAGUCUCUGUGGUGCAUCAUCGACAGCACAGUCUACGACUUGACAGACUUUGUUGACGCGCAUCCUGGUGGUGAGACUGUCUUGCGACAAGUUGCCGGUCAAGAUGCCACAACCGCCUUCUACAACCUCCACCGACACGAGGUUCUCACAAAAUACAAGGACCUCGCCAUUGGCACCGUCGAGGGCGAGAAGCCCCAAGUCAUUACUCCACAGCCCGGUGACCUCAGCCAGGUCCCUUACGCCGAGCCCCUGUGGCUUGCAGAGCCUUUCCGUUCGCCCUACUACAACGACAGCCACAGGCGACUGCAGCGCAAGCUCAGGGAGUUUGUCGAUAGCGAGCUGUACGCCGAGGCGCAAGAGUGCGAGGCUACUGGACGUUACAUCAGUCAGAAGAUGAUCGAUCGCAUGAGCGAGUUGGGCAUUUUGCACAUGCGCAUUGGUCCUGGAAAGCAUCUGCAUGGUGUCGAUCUCAUGGGAGGUGCGGUCAAGGGCGAGGAGUUUGACUACUUCCAUGACUUGAUCGUGGCACAGGAGCUUUCGCGGGCUAUGGCCCGAGGUUUUGCAGAUGGUAACAUGGCUGGUAUGACCAUCGGCUUGACAGCUGUCCUCAACUUCGCUCGCGAUGAGGUGUGGAAGAAGAAGAUUUCCGAUGAGGUCUUCAGCGGCAAGAAGAAGAUCUGUCUGGCCAUUACUGAGGCCUUUGCCGGCUCAGAUGUCGCCGGACUGCGCACGACUGCCGAGAAGACGCCCGAUGGCAAGCACUACAUCAUCAACGGAACAAAGAAGUGGAUCACCAACGGUGUUUGGUCAGAUUACUUUGUCACCGGCGCCCGAACCGAGAAGGGCUUGAGUGUUUUCCUUAUCGAGCGCGGCGAGGGUGUCGAGACAAAGCAGAUCAAGACCUCUUACUCUACCACAGCCGGUACUGCUUUCGUGACGUUCGAUAACGUCAAGGUGCCAGCUGAGAAUAUGCUGGGCCAGGAGAACAAGGGUAUCCAAGUCAUUCUUAGCAACUUUAACCACGAGCGUUGGACUAUGGUUUGUGGAAGUCUUCGUCUGUCAAGAUGCAUCGUCGAGGAGUGUCUUAAGUGGAGUAACCAGCGUCAAGUGUUUGGCAAAUCACUGAUUGACCAACCCGUCAUUCGUCAAAAACUUGCCAAGAUGAUCGCACUCGUCGAGGCCAACCAAUCCUGGCUCGAGACCGUCACUUACCAGAUGUGCCACAUGCCCUACAAGCAACAAGCACAGCACCUCGCCGGCCCCAUCGGUCUACUCAAGAUGAGCGCUACCCGUGCUGCCCAUGAGGUUGCCGACGAAUCUGUACAGAUCUGGGGUGGCCGAGGUAUCACCCAGACUGGCAUGGGCAAGUUCAUCGAGAUGUUCCACCGAACGUACAAGUUCGAUGCCAUUCUUGGUGGUGCCGAGGAGGUCUUGGGAGAUCUUGGUGUGAGACAGGCCAUGAGGAACUUCCCCAAGGCCAUGUUGUAA